UCAUGUAUUUUCUUACAUGCAGUGUCCUUGGCUAUAAGAAAAUUGACCAGUGAUUUAUUUUUUACAUUUUCAAAGAUUUUAUUCUCAGAACUACACUCAAAAACCUAUUGGUAUCCUCCAAAAUACCUGUGAUCAAAGUUAAAACCAAUUCUCUUACCCUAGACCGUCGGUUGCUAACAAGAGAAUUAUAGCGCUCAGUUACAUAUACUGUUAGAUGCCAAGAACACCCGCUGUGAACAUUUCAAGGCUUGUCGACCCGAGGAGAUUAUCACGAUGACUUUCUUGGGUGAACGCGAAAAGAAAAGGAAGAAAGAUUAGCUGAAUGUAAUCGCUCAGGCUAUUCAAACAACUAAAAUUCCAAAUUUGAUUCGCGAGUUUGCUCUUAUGAAGAUCUUUGAAUACAAAGACGCCUUUUACCUGUAAGUGGUCACUUCUCACAAGUAAUUGAACUCAUAUCCGCUAUCUCCGGUUCCUGAAUUUCCUUCAGUACGCACCAGUGGCACAAAAGUUGUCAUAAAUCUAACAGAGAAUCUACGAAACUUUUCCAAGUGUACAAAAUUCGUCAAUACGUUAUGAGCAAUGUAGUAAAACGGUAAUGAAAGUGAUUUUUAAUCUCUUACUUUAUGUGGUAAAUGAUUGUUCCAGGAAUUUGGCUUAGCUACAAAUCCUUCAGUCGCAAGAAUAUCAAGUCAACAUAUUGUAAUCUCCAUUAGUGUUUCUUUCGCUUCUCAGAGCAGUUUCUAAAUCAAUAUCAACCUGCAGUCAAGUGCCCAAAUGAAUCGUGAACCUCAGGAUUAGCUGGUAUUAACUAGUACUUAAUUGUUUAAGCUGCCCAGAACACCCGCUGUGUAUAUUUCAAGGCUUGUUGAUUUGAUGAGAUGCGUCGCGAUGCAAAUUCACGGUAGCGGUUUUGUAGAUUGCAUGUCGACCCGAAAAUACCAAGAAAAAAACCCCGUGAAAUGUAACAGAACAAGAAUAAGAGUGAUGGAAUUUUAAUUAAUAUGAACGUGCGAUCUUAUCAUCCAGCGACUAAACAUGAGGACACUUUUGAAAUUUAGAGUGAGCUCCACUUUGUUUUGUCUCGUUAACAUACUACUCACAGGAUACGCCUAUCAUUUUAAAGAAACUGGUGGAGCUCGCCUUACAAACAGUGAAAGCGUGUUAAGGAUUCCGUCGGUUUAUCGUCUCCUGAAAGGCCUGAAUGUAACAAGGCAAGUGAUCUCAAGUGGCAACGCAGUGACUUUUAAACAGAGUAACAAGAAUGUUAAAUACGGUCUAGAGAGACGUCCAAUGCUCAGUGCUCAUGAGAUGCUUCACAGAAUAUUGAAUGCCAGAGUUUACCACGAGCAAGACGGUCAACUCUCAAGAAAAUUCCAAUCCAGAGACAGCGAUGAGCAAAAAGGGAGUUUUAAGAUUUCCGACAAGACUGUCAGUGGAAAAGGUGAAUAUGCUAUAUCAUCUGAUCAGACAAGUGUUGGAAUAAAAUUGAAACUAAGAAUAAAUACACAGCAGCUCCACCAGCAGCAAAAACAGCAGCAACAGCCAAAACCAACCAUGCCUUCAACUCCAAUGUCCACAACACCUCAAAUGUGCGUGGUCCCCUGUAACACGAAAUUGAAGGCUCAAGCAACAAAUUGUAUUUCUACACAGUUUGAACAAGAAGCCCUCAACAUCCACAAUAGAUACCGAGCCAUCCACAAUUCGCCCGCUAUGACUCUGAACUGUCAAAUGAGCGAGGACGCCGCUGCAUAUGCGCAGAAACUAGCCGAAAUGGACACACUUGUGAAAUCUAGUUACACUGAAAGACCAGAGCAAGGAGAAAAUCUUUCCCUUGGUUGCUAUAAAGAUAGAGAGGAGACAGCGGAGGAAGCAGUAAAAAUGUGGUUCGAUGAAGUGUGCCAGUACACGUUUGGUAAACAAGGCCCUCAGCCGGGUACCAGUCACUUUACGCAGCUGGCUUGGAAGGAAAGCACGGAGCUAGGAAUAGGGAAAGCUUCCAACAAGCAAUCGGAUGGGGCAACAUGUACCUAUAUUGUCGCACGUUAUAAGCCCCAAGGAGACUUUGAGAGUGGGGAUGACUCUUACCGAAAAAAUAUCGAGAAAGGUUCCUUUGUUGACAGUUACUGCAAGAACAUAAAGAAGGCUGGUCUGGAUGGAGGAUAUGGUUUCAAGAGAUUUAAAGAUAGUUAAUUUGCUAUCAACUUGAGUGGAUUGUCUCUUGCUAGCAUUCAAGGUUGACUUGUAGCAACCUUAAUGACUGAUUAUAUUUGUGGCGGUAGUGAAAUCCACUGUCCAUGCAUAUCGCUGAAAUAUAUCACAAGAAAAAAGAGUUAUGAAGUCACGCGGUAACUAUAGCUUACAAUCUCAUAAUUAAGGAUUUACCCGGCCAUAACCUCGAAGAAUACAAGCAAAAAAACCAAUAUAUAUUUAAGGCUCUUUUUCACACAGGAUUUUCGUAUCCCACGUGUAAAGCCAAGUCGCUCUUAAACAAAACUCACUGGCCCACACUACUGAAUCUUAUCCUGAUUUCUGUCGCUAAACCAAAAGUUUAAUGAGCAGAACAAUGGCCAUGCACGUGACGUGCGUUAUAAUUCUUGGUUCUUUUCUUUGCCAUCGUCUGCAAAACAACAACGUGAAAUGACCAAAUUCUGCUUUGUCUAGAGAACGUAUUAACCACGACAACUAAUUUUUUAA